CGGCCUAGGGGGUUGGGACCUCGGCAGCAGGUCCGCCCGGGCCAGACGCGCGAGCGCAGGCAGCGGCUGCAGGUUGCGGGUUCUCCCUUCUCGGUACCUUCCCCCGCCCGGGUCCCGACCCUCCGGCCGCCCCCCGCCGCGUCUCGCCGCCAUGCGCUUCAGCCGCCUAACGCUGCUCCCGGGCGUGGCGCUGCUGCUCGCCUCGGCCCGCCUCGCCGCCGCCUCCGACGUGCUGGAACUCACGGACGAAAACUUCGAGAGUCGCGUCUCCGACACGGGCUCAGCGGGCCUCAUGCUAGUCGAGUUCUUCGCCCCCUGGUGUGGACAUUGCAAGAGGCUUGCCCCUGAGUAUGAAGCUGCAGCAACUAGAUUAAAAGGAAUAGUGCCAUUAGCAAAGGUGGAUUGCACUGCCAACACAAACACCUGUAAUAAGUAUGGAGUCAGCGGCUACCCAACCCUUAAAAUAUUUAGAGAUGGGGAAGAAGCAGGUGCUUAUGAUGGGCCUAGGACCGCCGAUGGAAUUGUCAGCCACUUGAAGAAGCAAGCAGGACCAGCUUCCGUUCCUCUCCGGUCUGAGGAAGAAUUUAAGAAGUUCAUUAGUGAUAAAGAUGCUUCAGUGGUGGGUUUUUUCAGGGAUUUAUUCAGUGAUGGGCACUCCGAGUUCCUAAAAGCGGCCAGCAACUUGAGAGAUAACUACCGAUUUGCACACACCAACCUUGAGUCUCUGGUGAAGGAGUACGAUGAUAAUGGAGAGGGGAUCACUUUAUUUCGUCCUUUACAUCUUACUAACAAGUUUGAAGACAAAACUGUGGCGUAUACUGAACAAAAAAUGACCAGUGGCAAGAUUAAAAAGUUCAUCCAGGAAAGCAUUUUUGGCAUCUGUCCUCAUAUGACAGAAGACAAUAAAGAUUUGAUACAGGGCAAGGACUUACUUACAGCCUACUAUGAUGUGGACUAUGAAAAGAACGCUAAAGGUUCCAACUAUUGGAGAAACAGGGUGAUGAUGGUGGCAAAGAAAUUCCUUGAUGCUGGACACAAACUCAACUUUGCCGUAGCUAGCCGAAAAACCUUUAGCCAUGAACUGUCUGAUUUUGGCUUGGAAAGCACCACUGGAGAGGUUCCUGUUGUGGCUAUCAGAACUGCCAAAGGAGAGAAGUUUGUCAUGCAAGAGGAGUUCUCGCGGGAUGGCAAGGCUCUUGAGCGGUUCCUGCAGGAUUACUUUGAUGGCAACCUGAAGAGAUACCUGAAGUCUGAACCUAUCCCAGAGACCAACGAUGGGCCUGUCAAGGUUGUGGUAGCAGAAAAUUUUGAUGACAUAGUGAAUAAUGAAGAUAAGGAUGUGCUGAUUGAAUUUUAUGCCCCUUGGUGUGGUCACUGUAAGAAUCUGGAACCCAAAUAUAAAGAACUGGGAGAGAAACUCAGCAAAGACCCAAAUAUUGUUAUAGCCAAGAUGGAUGCCACAGCCAACGAUGUGCCUUCUCCAUAUGAAGUCAAAGGUUUUCCUACCAUCUACUUCUCACCAGCCAACAAGAAGCUAACUCCAAAGAAGUAUGAAGGUGGCCGUGAACUAAAUGAUUUUAUUAGCUAUCUACAACGAGAAGCUACAAACCCCCCUAUAAUUCAAGAAGAAAAACCCAAGAAGAAGAAGAAGGCACAAGAGGACCUCUAAGCAACAGCCAAACGCACCACUUUGUAAAAGGACUCUUACACCAGAGAUGGCAGAGCCAUCGGAGAGGACAGAGUGGACAUCCUCUGAAUCCUGUUCAGCUUUCUCUAAACUGUUUCUUAGCUGCACUGUUGAUGAAAACACCAGGACCAGUUUAUGUUUGUGGUUUGGGGAGAAAAUUAUUUGUGUUGGGAAGAAUGUUAUGGGGGUGGGGGGAAUUGAGUUGGGGGUUAUUUUCUAAUUUUUUUUGUACAUUUGGAACAGUGACAAUAAAUGUGCCCCCUUUAUACUGUC